ACUUACAAAUUAUUUUCCUAUGUGAAAUAAUGUACAUCUAAAGUCUAAACAACAGUGUAAAUAUACUUUAAGAAAUGAACAUCAUUUUUUUAUAGAAAAGAAAUGAACAUUAUUGGAUGUAUACAAAAUAGAGUAUACAGGGACUAGGUCACAUGCGUAUAUUAAUUAGUGAUAAUUAACAUUAAUAAUGUAGGAGUGAUGGUUUAGUUGUAGAUUAAGCCAUCCAUCCUAUGACAUGUCAGGAUCUCAUUUCUUCCCUACCGAGUAGAAAUUGUUAAGGAACAGAUGGUGUGGUCGAUGACUUAUUAGAUUUGGCAAAGUUUUUAUUUUUUGGGAUUAAGGAUUGGCAAAGUCUUGACCUUUGGCAAAAGCUGCUAGUCUGCUUCUCAAGUGAAUCUGUUCCUUUGGCCUUUCGGGUAGUUUAAGUGUAACUGUAAACUACUCUACAGUAGAAAACAUGUGGAUUUUUGGGUGGAAAGGACCAUCUGGGUUCUCUGCUUCUUCUACAGCAGAAGAGGUUACUCAAGGGAUUGAUGGAACUGGUCUCACUGCCAUUGUUACAGGAGCGUCAAGUGGUAUUGGUGUAGAGACAACACGUGUUCUUGCAUUACGUGGUGUCCAUGUGGUUAUGGCUGUAAGGAAUGUGGAUGCUGGUAGGAAUGUUAAAGAAUCAAUACUUAAAGAAAUACCUGGUGCUAGAAUUGAUGUGAUGGAAUUAGACCUGAGCUCACUGGCAUCAGUAAGGAAAUUUGCAUCAGAUUAUGAGUCCUCAAGUCUUCCCCUAAAUCUCCUCAUCAACAAUGCAGGGAUUAUGGCAACUCCUUUCAUGUUAUCCCAUGACAACAUAGAACUGCAGUUUGCAACCAACCAUAUAGGUCAUUUUCUUUUAACCAACCUUUUGUUGGAGACUAUGAAAAAUACAGCAUGUAAAAGCAAUAGAGAAGGGAGGAUUGUUAAUGUAUCUUCAGAAGGUCACCGGUUUGCAUAUCGUGAGGGAAUUCGUUUUGAUAAAAUCAAUGAUGAAUCAGGAUACUACAGUAUGUUUGCUUAUGGACAAUCGAAGCUUGCUAACAUAUUGCACGCUAAGGAGCUUGCUAAGCGCCUAAAGGUGCACAAUAUGGAAGAUGGAGUUGAGAUAACAGCAAAUUCACUUCAUCCUGGAUCAAUUAUGACCAAUCUCCUGCGCCACCAUAGUUUUAUCAACGCCAUUGGCAAUAUGGUUGGCAAAUAUUUCCUGAAAAAUAUUCCACAGGGAGCUGCUACUACAUGCUACGUAGCAUUACAUCCACAAGUUAAAGGUGUUAGUGCAGAAUAUUUAUCGGACAGCAACAUAAGCAACCCAAGCUCUAAUGCUAAAGAUGCAGAGUUGGCCAAAAGGCUAUGGGACUUCAGCUUGAUCUUGACCAAUCCCAAGUAGUUUCUUGAAAAGGCCUUUCCGAGAGGAGUUGCAGUCUUGCAGAUUGCAUUCUCUCUUGAUCUAUAAAGUCCAAAUUGUAUGACUAGACUUUGGUUAAAUGUGUUCACAGUUUAAUUUCUGUACUCUUAAACUGAAACAGUAAAAAACCACAAUAUUUUCGUA